AUGGCUGAAGAAUCUUCAAGAGCAAUACGUCCCUGGGAAAUGACGCGACCAACCCCUACUCAAAAUCGACCACUUUUCUUCAACAACUACACAGCCGCAGCUACUGGAAGUCAAACGGUGGCCAGCGGAGUUACCUGCACCGGCAUUGUUACUUCCGUGUCCACAAUCACGUUCAGCUUUUCUGAUGCACCAACAAUCGCGAGGCUCAAUCAUUUGCCAGGACUGACACUAAAAUUGGAAACUGUUGCCAUCAAGGAAUUUAUUAAUGAUCAUCCUGAAUUAUUUGAAUCGGCUUCCUUACCUACUGUCAAUACGGUUGCUUCUUCGACAGUAUGUCCAUUGCCACUUCGCAAAAAUGUACGUGAUCUUGACAACAGACUUCAAUUUUUCAAACACAGAAACAAUCAGCUCAGAAGACAGGCAUCGGGACCACCAACACCUUCUCAAUCAGCUGAAGCUUCAACUUCAACUGCUUUAACUGAGAUAAAUACAGCACCUCCUCGAGUUUUCAAAAGUGCUAAUCCUAAUCAUUGGAAUAAUGAUGACUCUAAUAAUAAAGCUAAUGUGGUUAGGCUUACUACUUCCAAGUGGCUAAUUCUGCUACGACAAACAAUGACCAAUAUGAAUUGA